GUUUGCUUGGACCAAUAAACGUGGCUUACUCACAAACUCAUUCACGUCAUAGUAUAUAAGGUAGGAACCUGUGUAAUGUGAACAGCUAAACCUAUAUAACAAUGGAACAAUACAAAGGUUCAGAUUUAGACAAAUAUAGAAGUUUCAUGGGUGCAGAUAGUGAGAAGAACACUACAUGGAAGUAUGGUACCCCUCCUAACUUCGAUGCAGCCAACAAACUCUUUGAAGAAGGGAGAACGAAGAUAUGGCCAAUAGGUUCAUUGGAAGAGCAAGUUCAGAAUCUUGUGAAAACAUGGGAAAUGGAGAUGUUUCACAAAAUGAAACCCGAAGAUUUUAAAAGUGUUGAUGUAACUAAGCUGACACUUUCUGUUAAUGGUAGGAAACCUUUAACACAACAUGAUGUUGCUAAAAUGGGUGGAGGAUACAAUAUGUUUCUUCAAACAUCAUUUCCGGAGGAACUACGAUUGUACAAUCCAGAAGAAGAAAGUGUGGAUACAGCUCAUAAAAUCUUCACAACUACAUUUCCUCGCGGUUUUGUUUUGGAGGUUCUUGAAGUUUACUCUGGUCCACCAAUAAUUGCGUAUAAGUUCAGGCAUUGGGGUUACAUGGAUGGUCCAUUCAAAGGUCACAAACCUACUAAUGAAUUAGUAGAAUUGUUUGGUGUCUCCAUUCUCAAGUUGGAUGAAGAAUUCAAGAUUGUGAAGAUUGAGUUUUUUUACGAUAGAGGAGAGCUACUUGCUGGAUUGAUUAAGGGUGGAAGAGAAACCGACUUGGGAGAUUUGACCAUCGAUGUAGGGUCCUCCAAAUGCCCUUUUUCUUAAUAUAUGCCACCAGUUUUACUUUUAAAGGGCUAGUGUAUAAAUGUAUCUAUUUUAGAAAUCCAUUUACUUAAACAAAUCAUGUUAUGGUUGGUACUAGUUUUAAUACGUGUACGAUGUACGAUAACUGUAUAGAUUGUAUUAUAAGAAAUUCAAAUAUGCCUCAUACAUGAUUCGUGAGUAUGAAAUAAAUUGUGGUUAAUGUAAA